AUGAACCGGCCCCUCAUAGCGGGCCCGACCCCUGGUCCGGCAAGCAAGGCAUGCAUGAACUGCGCCAAGGUGAAAUGCAAGUGCAUCUAUCGUCAAGAUGGACUCGGUUGCGAGAGGCAAGGUGACAGGUGCAUCCGGCUAAAGAAAGAGUGCGUACCGUCGACUCUGGUACGCCGACAUAAGCCCCGAGGAAAAGCGGCAAACGCCUCGCGCACGCUCCGGCUGGAGGAAAAGCUGGACGACUUGGUCUCUUUGCUGCGAGCUGAAAGGGGUAGACCCAGUCUCAGUAGCAACCGUCACAGACCUGGCGUGGAGGAGGAUGAGGAGCAUGACGACGACGAGCAGCAGCACGAUGAGGAAGAUAGCGGUGAUGAAGCUGAGGAUCACCAAGAGACCUUCUCAUCAGCUAUUCCAACUCCUCCUACAACGAAUGGCACAAGCUCGACGACCUGUGUCACCGCUGCGCCAUCUCCAGAAUGGGUUCUUCCAAAUGAAAAUGAGCCUUCCUCUGCCGCUGCACAGGAAGCACUCAACAAAUUCAGGAACGAGACUGUGUUCUUCUUUCCCUUCGUCUAUAUUACUCCACACACCAGCUCGCGUCAACUUUGUGAGACUUACCCAUUUUUCUACCUCAACAUUAUGAGUGUGACGGCUACUUCGAACCAAAGACGAUUAGCCCUGGGUGACCAGGCCCGAAGCAUCAUCUUUCAAAGAGUGGUUAUCGAAAGAGAAAAGAGCAUGGAUCUCUUACUUGGCCUACUCACCUACCUCGGCUGGUCACACUUGCAGCGUAGAGAGAAGAUCUACACAUCUUUAUUUUCGCAGCUAAUUGUACUAAUGAUACACAACCUGGGCCUUCACCAGCCACCACCCACGGAAGAAUCUCCGAAAGUGUUUUGCGGUCCUCAUCCACAGCCCAGCGGAAGACAAGAGCGCAGCAACGAUGAGCGGAGAGCGGUUUUGGGGGCAUUCCUCAUCACCUCGAUGUCUGCUCACAUACUCAAGGGGCCCGACGGGCUUCGCUGGUCCUCGCACCUCGACGAGUACGCAACACAUCUUGCCCAGAACAGCAACCUGGACCAGGACAGGGGUCUGAUUGCUCUCGUUCGUAUGCAAACAAUCGUAAACCAGCUGCAGAAUCCCCUGUUCCUGCCAGCUGCCGGCCUAGACACCUGUGAGGUCUACCUUGGUGCCCUCCGCUCCCAGCUGCAGUCCAUCAUGGCCAACGAGCAUCUCGUCAGCUCCGCCGUAUGGAACCAUCCUGUAAUUCUCGAACACUUCCACUUCACAGAACUCCUUAUCUUAGAGUCAUCCAUCGCCCACCUGCAGCAGCCACUACGGCGGGCCCCACUGAGCGACACCGCAGACCUGAGGCGCUUCGAGGUCUACCAGGGCCAGCUCAACUCCAUCAGGUCGUGGCUCAACACUUUCCACACCACCGACUUCCGCCUCUACGGCGACAUGGUCUUCUUCAGCUACUCGGAGCUCGUGCGCGUCAUGGUGUGCCUGCACAAGCUGACCACGCUCGAUAAUCCUCCGUGGUACAGCCCCGCAGUGCGCAAGUCGCUUGACCUCAUCCCAGCGCUGGACAAACUCAUCGCCACGUUCGAGCAGCUGAGGGCCGCAGCAACAGCUGUGUCGCCCCCCGGCGCCGCCGGGGAGGAUGAGGCCUUCGGCUGGGCCAUCUCCGUCUUCCAGAGCAUGAAGGCUACAUGGAAGGACGAGGUUGCUGCCCUCGACGACGUCGGUGGCGGCGGCGGUGCUGACCUCCUGGGCGGCGACGGGGGCGGCUUUCUCACGGCACCUGCAUAUGGAUCUUCUUAUGGAUCAGCGUUUGGAUCUGGAGAUGCCUGGCUUACUGACAUGUUUAAUAUGAGGCCCAUGUAG